GUGGUCCAUCACCCAGAACAAGAUCAUACAACAGGGCACCAGGCUUGAACCGUGAAAUACUUCUGAAGGAUUCAUCUUCAUGCGGGUGCGCUGCGAUCGGCUUCGCGUGCUAGCCGGUGCCAGUACGUUUUAUCGGAGUCCGUCUCAGCCUUGGUGUGAGCCUUUGCCUUUUUCUACUUGGGUGAAGUCGUGAUAGUGAGUGAUGUGCUGUUAGAUUAUUUUGCGUAAUAUAGAACAUGAAGAGCCAAAAAGGAAAACCAAGCGCAAUUCAUCGAGAAUUCUUCUGGGGUAUCGCCACUAAUGGUCAGCAUACUCAAGUCCAGUGCCGAGGUUCUCCGAACAUGGUGCCAUGUCGCAAACAAAGCUUUAAUGUAAUGCUUUCAUUUUAGAAUGACAGAACAGUGAAUCAGAUCGGCAAUGUUUUUCGUUGUUGCCAGAAAUUAAGGAAUAACUAGCACCAGUGGCUAUAGCUAGGGGAAGGCACCGCCGUCCCAAUUCAGGUUUUAGCUCUAGCUGAAAGUCUUCUGCUCUCUCAAGGCCAGCUACAGUUUGGUAAAUUUUGGCUAGGUGUCUUUCUUUUUCGCGAUCAUCCUGAGCAUAAUCAGGAUCAUACAUGGCCCUUGGUAUGUCAGGUUUAUCAUUGGCUUGACAGAGAGCCACUCCAAGCAACGAAUCACGGAGCAGAGAUUCAAUGAUGUGGAAGUGGCUCCGGGAUGUACGAGUUAGAGAACUGAUCUUUGCGAUGUUACAACUGCUCCAAAAAAGUCCUUUUGGCACCGAGUGUGCGUCGCUCGCGACUUUGCUGUGUUUUGAAACCGGCACAUUCUUGUGUGUUUACUUUUUACCGCAUGUCGCAUGUGAGAUCACUUACUGGGGGUUCUGGAGUUUGAAGAAGCACAGCGGGGCUGUUCUCUAAGAGGCAGCGAAUUUCUUGUAGAUUCUUGGUCCUGUGAGACCACGAAGAUUUACGAUGCAGAAAGUAACAGAAGACAAAAAUUGAACUAGAUCAAGUACUAGUUUAGCAAGGAAGAACUAGGACAUCAUUGCAAGAGAGAGAAGUGGCUGGAGAAUUCGCGUUGCGGUGCUGGCCUUGGAAAGGUCUUGAAGCUCCAAAAAUCAGUACAAGAUCUUUUCGAAAGACAUAACAUAAAAAUGUUUGAAAGAUGA